AUGGCGACGCCCAGCAUCGGGAAGAACGACAGGCAUUGUUGCGUCCCUCUGUGUAACGGCAACGGUCGCUUGCACCCAGAAUUGUCUUUUCACAAAUUCCCAAGCAAUGAAAUUGUCAGGAAAUUAUGGAUUCAAGCCAUAAGGAGGGAUCCUGGACCCCUUUUUAACGUCAAGGAAGCUGUUGUUUGUUCACGGCAUUUUAAAGCAGAGGACUAUAAAUGGACACCAGUAAGGACAACUCUGAGACCUGGUAGUGUUCCCUCUAUUUUCAACUGGACCAAGAAUUCAAUGCCAAGGAGACCAAUAAUUAAAAAUCCACUCCCCGAAAAACUGCAGAAAACUGACAAGGAUGGUAUUGCAGAGGCACUGGCUCCAUCUGAUGAUAAUUUGCUUAAUGAAAAUUGUUGCUCUCCAGUAGAAGAUUCAUCUUUUGUGUCCUCAGACAGCGACAGAAUCAAAAUGCUGGAAAGCAUGAUAAGAGAAAGGGACGAGAGCAUUGCCAGACUCCAGCAAAAACUUGACAUCGAGAGAUUUGGGGUGGAGCGUUUUUCAAAAGACAAUUCAAUGAUCAUGUUCUAUACUGGUUUCAUGACUUUUUCUAUUUUUACUGCAGUAUUUGAAUUUAUCAAACCAGCAGCAAGCUCCAUGACAAGCUAUUACUAUAGAGUUUCAGCCAAUGCAAAUCCUAACUUGACUGGCAGACAAAGAAAUAUGCUGCUGAUUGAUGAAUUUUUCAUGUUUUUGUGUCGCCUCAAAUGUGGUCUUAUGGAACAAGAUCUAGCAGUUAGAUUUAACUGCCAUAUCUCCACGGUAAGCAGAAAAAUCAUUACAUGGGCAAAUUUUUUGUAUUUUGUACUUGGAAGCAUAAAUAUUUGGCCAUCUAGAGAACAGAUUGACAGAAAAAUGCCCGAUUGCUUUAAAAUUAUGUAUCCUACAACACGGGUGAUAAUUGAUUGCACAGAAAUCAAAACUGAGCGACCCUCCUCACUUGUCCUUGGCUCCAAAUUUUACUCUUCAUAUAAGAGUACACAUACAUGGAAGGGACUGGUUGGUAUAGCACCUCAUGGUGCCCUUACCUUUGUUUCAAGUCUUUACACUGGCUGUAUGUCUGAUGUAGAGAUAACAAAGCUUAGUGGUCUGAUAGAUUUACUUGAAGGGGGGGACUCAAUCAUGGCAGACAAGGGAUUUGUUUUAAACAAAAUUCUGGAAGGGACUGGCAUUGGUGUUAACAUACCCCCUUUUCUUAUGAGCCAGGGUCAGUUCACAAUGCAAGAGAUUGAGGAGACCCAAACGAUUGCAAAAUUGCGUAUACAUAUUGAGCGCCACAUUCGCCGCGUGAAGGAAUUUCAUAUUUUUGAUGGUGUUAUUCCUCUAAGUAUGGUUGGGUCCAUAAAUCAGAUAUGGACAGUGGCAAACAUGUUAACUCUCUUUAGGGGUCCUCUGAUUAAAGAGUGGGCAUGA